ACGCAGGAAAGUUCUCCGCAGACAAAUGUUCGGCUCUCUCCAUGACCGAGUACACGUAGAAAUCCCCGAGAACUGAACUGCGGGCGCACGGAGGGCUGCACACUCGGAACAAGCACAAGGAGACCGAAGAGGCGCUUCACUGAGGGAAUAGAGGAAGAGGAGAGGAAGGGAGAGAGAGGGACUGAGAUAGAGAUCCUAUCUCACUCUCCCAGUUGACGUUUUCAACGGAUCGCGUCUCACCACUGCAGGACAAUGUCUAGUAAAGCGACUUUAGCCUUACUCAUCUAUGGAAUCAUAAUGCAUUACAGCGUCAACUGCUCACCUGUGGGACUUAGCUUUCCCAGUGUUAGACUCGACAGUGAGGUUUAUGAUGAGGAUGGAAACUCCUUACAGUCCCUGGAUUACGACAGAGACCAAAUGGAUGUGAGAAGCCCGCCGUCCGUCGCUGACGACGUCUACACUUUGUAUUACCCACCAGAGAAAAGAACGGAAAGGCAUGCAGACGGCAUGUUUAAUAAAGCCUACAGGAAAGCGCUGGGUCAGUUAUCAGCAAGGAAAUAUCUGCAUUCUCUGAUGGCAAAGCGUGUAGGCGGGGGGAAAACGCUGGACGACAGCUCAGAGCCUCUGUCCAAGCGACACUCAGAUGGGAUCUUCACAGACAGCUACAGCCGCUACCGGAAGCAAAUGGCAGUCAAGAAAUACCUGGCGGCAGUCCUUGGGAAAAGCCUUGAAGACAUAGGUAUUCACCAUAUCCUACAAGACAUAGACUUUGAUGCCCUCCCGGACGGGGAUGAGUUUGAGGCUUUUUUGGGAGACUGGCUGAAACAGUUCUCUCCCGAAUUUCCGGCUUUGUGACGCAGGAAGCAGUUUGCGGCUGUGGUGCCUUGCAUCGACUUUAAAACCGCCAUGAAUCACAGAUGGCUAUUUUGUGGCCCUACAAUGCUGCACAUCAUCAGCUUACAUUUCACCCUUUUGUUGUUGUUUUUGUGUUGCUCAGACGUCUGUUAGGCUCUUAGACGUCAGGCGCUCUUCGCUUGCACUGCUUUUCUUUUGCACUUUGUUUUUAGAGACGUAAAGUUUUUUUUGUGAAAGUAGAGGGAAGGAUCAGUUUCCCGCUCUCCAUGAAACAUUAUAUGUAUGAUAAUGAAA